AUGCAGGUCGACAAGAUCCCAGACUUCCUCGCGGAGAAACGAGGAGAAGCUCUCGAUGAAUCCCAAUCACUGCUCUUACAGGUUGAAGACUUCUGGGAACGGAAAUUAUGGCAUCAGCUCACAAAUGCUCUGAUAGAGUACUUCUGUCUCCCAGAAAGUGCACCUCAGAGGCUGUCGUUCUUCAAAAACUUCAUUCUCACUUUCGCGGACAAGAUAAAUCAGCUGAAGUUUGUCACACUGGGGUUGAUGGCAUCCACACAAUGCAGCGAUGACCAAGAACGACUUUCCUUUUUAGCAUCAUUAGCCAGCAAAGUUGAUAAACCAGGGUCGCAAGAUGCCCAUGUGUACGCCAUUGCGGACGUCGCGAGCGUUAAGCUACGGCUGAAGGACUUUGAAGGGGCCCGAAAGGACCUCGAUGCUUCGCAGGCGGUGUUGGACAUGUUUGAUUCGGUCGAAAACGUAGUGCAUGCAGCUUUUUACAAAGUUAAUGCAGACUACUACCAUGCCAAACUCGAGUUCGCUUCAUACUACAAAAACGCCCUCCUGUAUUUGGCAUGUAUCGACCUGCAAUCUUUGGCACCGGAAGACCGUGUUGCAAGAGCAUAUGACCUCAGUGUCGCAGCACUCGUUUCCGAUACCAUUUACAACUUUGGUGAAUUGCUCCUCCACCCUGUGCUGGAUGAGCUAAAGGACGCCCCCCACGCCUGGCUUCGGGACUUGCUCAUGGCUUUUAACCGGGGUGACUUGAGUGCAUACGAUGUGUUGGCUGUCAACAUGGAUAAAAACCAAUUGCUUCAGCAACACAAGGUAUUCUUAUAUCAAAAGAUAUCCCUUGCAGCCCUCACCGAGAUGGUUUUCCGGCGUCCACCACACAACAGAAGCAUGACCUUUGCUACCAUAUCAGAGGAGACCAAGGUUCAACCCAAUGAAAUCGAACAUCUAAUAAUGAAGGCACUUAGCCUGGGUCUCCUCAAGGGGACAAUUGACCAAGUUGCUCAAAUAGCACACGUCCACUGGGUACAGCCAAAGGUCCUCGAUAUGAGUCAGAUCGAGGGAAUGCGGACAAGACUACGCGAAUGGGACGCUGGAGUCAACCAGCUCGGCCACUGGAUCGAAAGUGUAGGGAAGGACGUCUGGGCUGCAUAG